GAAGGAGGGAGGAAGGAGGGAGGAAGGAAAGGGAAGGUCCUGCCUUCCUUCAGACGGAGUUAAACCAGUUUUAGGCCACAACUUUUCUUUAAUGUUGCCGUAAUAACUCCGUAGUUUCAGGCCACACAGCGAAGCCAGCGGGCUGCCGGGACCCGCGGGGUGACGGACGGCGACAUGUCGGAGGGAUCCGGGGCCGCCUGGAUGUGACUGAGAGGAGGAUGGAGGGAGAGAAAGAGAUGGCAGAGGAGGAGAAGGAGGAGGAGGAGGAGGAGGAGGAGAAAGAGCUUCAUCAUCACAUCGCAGCGGCGCCCUCUGUGGACUACCCGGACCUUCCCAUCAUGCAUUGGGAGGACUUGAGCCAGCGGAUAGCUGAGUUGGAGAAACAGGAGCAGGAGAGGAGGGAAAGGUCGAAGAGGGGGACGGGGGUGAGGAUGCAGGAGAGUCAGGGGGGAGUGUGGAGAGACGUCUGGGAGGAAGAGGAGGAAGACUUCAGGAGGUGUCGAGUCUCUGUCGUCACGUCGCGAUUUCACAACCACAGAAACCUGCAGCUGUGCUUCAUCAACAACAGCGACAGCGAAGACGAGGAGGAAGGAACCAACAGAAAGGUUUCCAUGGGAACGGGGGGCAACGGUUGCCAUGCCGCUGGGCUGAAACAGGAAGUGGCCACCGCUCUGAGGACGCUGAGAGACAAACUGCUGGCUGAGCAGAAGGAGAAGGAGCAUCUGGCAGGCAGCAGCGGUGUUGCCAAGCGGAAACAUCUGGAGCUGUGGGAGCUGCAGGAGUGUUCGGUGCAGCAGCUCAGCAGCUUGAGAGCAUCACUUCAACAGGACGUGCACGCACUGAGCUCCGAGCUGGUGACCCACCUGUUGGUACGAGACCAGCUGAGGACGAAGCAGGACGCCAUGCUGCUGGACGUCCAGGACCUGACCUAACACCAGGACCACAGACUGGACGGUCCACACAAACAAACAAGUUUCCCCCACACCAAUGUAAACAUUUGGCCACUCCAGGACCAGGUCGGGCUGCUCGUCCAUGUCAGCCCAGGAGACAUUUACUUCAACAAAACGUUAGCUGACCUGCUAAUUUAUUGAAACUGACAAAUCCCUAGCAUUCAAGGCAACAAAGAGGGAGACACGACUGGACGGUCAGGUUAAAGUGAAAUUUAAUCACCGCAUGGCAUCGCUCCGACUACCAGAUUGACGGCAAAUGACAAAACUUGAAACUAACAGCAGUUAAUGUCGUAGACAGGAUGAGACUGCAACACACGUCCAAAGGAAAGUUCAUAUACGAGUUGGUACGUGACAGCAGGUUGAUAUGAAUCGACGAGAAGUCUAUUUCGAACAGACAGAAAGUCACUGUUUCAAAUAAACAAAGGAGCAAAGACUUCCGUUGGAUUGUUGGGAAGCCAAAUCCGUACGUCAACGUCUCCAGUCUUCUGGCUGGCGAGGGCAGUGUUGAACCAGCCGGGUCUACGAGGCCUGUAAAACAUCAACAAGAAAGACAGACGCAACACGCCGCUUGGAUUUUGUCAGAAUUUCUUCUAAACUGCACUCAGCCAUUUAAUUCACUUAGUGCUUUGGUCUACCUGUUGAGCUACUCAGGAUCUGUGUUGUCAAGUUUGGGGUCCAGUUUGAGUUGUAUUGUACCUGGAAAUGAAGGCAGAGGCUCAGAACGGAAGGAGAAGAAGUGGUCGUGAUUUGAUGGAGGACGGUCAGGAGGGAAGCCUUCUUCCUCAGAAAUGAAUCCGUCCUCUCUGGUGCCACCAGGGUGGUGACACCAGUAUACAUAAGAAAUUUACAUACACUAAAAACGAUGGGUUAGAUUGGGCGGCCAGUUCUUACAGUCACUUUUCAUGCAUGGAUUAUUAGCAGGUGUGUGAAUGACGGGGACAAAAUGUGGUGUUGAAUCAGUCAGUUUACUUCACAGAAGCCUCUUUCAGACAUGCAGCUUUUUUGAUAUCAGAUUGUUGUUCGAUCUGCCCAAGAUGCGUGACGGUCAAGGUCAAAAAUUAGCAGCACUGGUUCAGCAUGACUUGGAGUCAGCAUCUUCAAGCCUGAGGUCAAUGUUCUCUGCCGGAAAAUGGUGGUUUGCUCCCUCCAGUUCAAGUAUCUCGGGGUCUGAGGGUAAAAUGGAGCGACAUGCGGAUCGGUGCGGCGUCAGCAGUAACGAAGACGUUGUACUCGACCGUUGUGGUCCAGAGGGAGCCGAGCCAAAAGGCGAAGCUUUCGAUUUACCCGUCGAUCUACGUUCCAACCCUCGCCUGUGGUUGUGAGCUUUGGGUAAAGAAGGAGAUCGCGGAUACAAGCGGCCAAAAUGAGUUUCCUCUGUCGGGUGUCUGGGCUCCGCCUCAGAGAGAAGGCGAGGAGCAUCUGAUCGGGAUCCUCCUGGACGCCUUCCUUUGGAGGUUUUCCGGGCACGUCCAAGUGCUAGGAAACCCCGGGGUGGACCCAGGACACGCAGGAGAGAUUAUGUAUGUCAUCUGGCUUGGGAUCCUCCAGGAGGAGCUGGAAAACGUUGCUGGGACUGCCGCCGCCGCCGCAAUCCGACCCCGGAUAACAGGCCGAAAAUGGAUGGAUGGUUCCAAAAUGCUAACUGAACCAGAAUGUGCACAAUCAGCAUCUUGAAGACGUGUUGGGCCGACGUAAUGUAUUAAACACACAAAAAAAACAAAAAAAAAAAA